AUUUUUUGUUCUAAAUAUAUUUUUGUUUAUUCUUAGAUCCAUUAACACUGAACAUUUUCUACAGAGUGACUACUUCUUCCCUUUUGAAUUUUUUUUAUCUUCCCCGUUUUUCCCUCCCGCUUCCAAACCCUUGUCUGUGUGUUUAACAAUAUCACACCUCCGCUAAACCCUUCCUUCUGACCCCAUCCAACACCCCCUGUAAGAUCUUUUGUAGAGUUAUCUGUUGGCUAGCAGAGAAAGUUCACUGUAUGAAGACCUGCACAGAGUUCUGCUUCAGGGUGUUUCUGUGUGAAAAUAAGGAUCAUUUGUAACGAGGAGCCACAGCCAGCAUGAAUAUGAACAUGAACAUGCCGAUGAAUAUAAACACGAAGGAUGGGAAGGUGUCCGAAGGGGGGCUCAAUGUCACAUUGACUAUCCGGCUACUAAUGCAUGGAAAGGAAGUUGGAAGUAUUAUUGGAAAAAAAGGGGAAACAGUUAAAAAGAUGAGAGAAGAGAGUGGUGCUCGAAUCAACAUUUCAGAAGGAUCCUGCCCAGAGAGGAUUGUCACAGUUACCGGUCCCACAGAUGCCAUUUUCAAAGCCUUUUCCAUGAUUGCACUUAAGUUUGAAGAGGACAUAAAUGCUUCAAUGACAAACAGUACAGUGACAAGUAAACCGCCAGUGACGCUGAGACUGGUGGUUCCUGGAAGCCAGUGUGGCUCAUUAAUAGGAAAAGGAGGGUCCAAGAUCAAGGAAAUCAGAGAGACUACAGGAGCUCAGGUACAAGUAGCAGGGGACAUGCUGCCAAACUCCACAGAGAGAGCUGUAACUAUCUCAGGCACUCCAGACGCCAUCAUCCAGUGCGUAAAGCAGAUAUGUGUGGUGAUUCUAGAGUCCCCACCCAAAGGUGCCACUAUCCCCUACCGCCCCAAAUCUGCCUCGGCACCCAUCAUAUUCGCAGGAGGCCAGGUCAGAGGAGACACCAUCUUAGCUUCAGCAGGAAACCACACCGUCCUGACACAGCCACAACAAGCAACUGAUAUACCCGUCCUCUGGUCAGCCUGCCCCAAGACCUUUGCAAUCCAGGGACAGUAUGCCAUUCAUCCAGACCUGACCAAGCUUCACCAGUUGGCUAUGCAGCAUUCCCCCUUUACUCCCCUUGGGCAGACCAACCCUGGUUUCCCUGGUCUUGAUGCCACGACUCCUACCAGUUCCCACGAGCUCUCAAUUCCAAAUGAUUUAAUAGGCUGCAUUAUUGGCAGACAAGGAAGCAAGAUCAAUGAAAUCAGGCAGAUGUCAGGGGCACAGAUCAAGAUCGCCAAUGCCAUAGAAGGGUCAGCAGAGCGACAGGUCACAAUCACAGGGUCCCCUGCAAACAUCAGUUUAGCACAGUACCUCAUCAGUGCAAGCUUAGAGAUGGCUAAAAUCAGCACCCAGACUGCUUCCGUCACGAACCCUGUUGACCUCAACAUGAACCUCUCUCAGUCUGCCACCCCUACCUCCACUCCCACCUCAAUGGCUGUUCUGGCAGCGGCGGCCGCUGCUUCUGCCGCGGUCAACGUCAAUUCCCCUCCUCCCUUACCAACCACCCACUAUGCUGUUCCUGUCUCCAGUCUGCUUGGCAUGAAAACUGUCCCAUUCCUGGCGUUAAACACCACGGCCGCAGCUGGGGCCACAGGGAGUUUAUCUGCUUAUACCACUAAAAUCUCAUCGACCAGCGGGGUUAAGAAAUCUGACCGACAGAAGUUUGCUCCGUAUUGAGAAGGGAUGAGAGAAUGCAAGUCCCCCCACUCCCCCUCGUGCUCUCAACCAAGAUUAUAUGGUAGAUUAUACAGUAUUACAGUAACCAAGAAAAAAAACAUUUAUUUUUUUGUUUUGUUUUGGUUUUUUUUACAAAAAAACAAAAAAUACCAAAAGAAGCAUAUCCUGCUAGUUUCUAAAUGUUAGCACCUCAAAUUGUCUUCCAUUCUUUAUUGUGACCUGAACAAAAUCUCAAGCAACUACUUCCAACAGCAUAAAUGACAGAUUUGAUAGAUAAAAAAAUUAAAUUUGACAUGGGUUUUUCUGUAAAGCACCAGAUACAAUACAUUAUAGACAGUGUGAAUAGGUUGUACCACGCAAUGAAAUUAUGUUUUCAAAACUUGAUGACUAUAGGCAGUGUGACUGGUGUAUAAGCAAAGUAUUUUUACUGGUCAUAUCAAUCAACAAAUCAAUUAAUUAUUAAUAAUAAUAAUAAUAAUAAUAAUACCAACCUACACAUGCAAGGUAAACUUUGUAAGAUCAUCAAGAUCAUUGUUUUUAUGUGGUGAAUAGAAACUAGCCGAAACACUAUCAUGUCUUGAAAGACCCAUAACACUCUGGGAUCUGUUUGAACGCUCUAGAUUUGAGAUUAAUCCUGCUGGUGUUUUCCCCUCGGGUUGAUUUAUUGACCCAUCUAUUAACAUAAAUACAGUGAAAUGAGGUUCACGGGUUUAUACAUGUCAGGGUGUCGUUUAUUUAAGGUGGCAUAUUCCCCACUCCAAUGUAAGACAGAGGUGGUAUGCACCCUAUUUGGUACUUUUUUAACUGCAGGAUACAUUUAGUUGGCACUAUGCCAAUCAAUGGUGGAUUUGGAAUCAACAGGAAUCAUGGAUUCACAAAUUUAAAAGCCUUAUUUAUGCAUUUAUUUACAUAUUGUUCUGUGUAUUUCUCAUAAUUACACCAGCUUGAAAACGAAUAGUAUUGCACAACAAAAUCAACACUGUUCCAGUAUUUAUAAACUCCCUUGGCUAAUAUGUGAGUUGUCAAGCAUAGACAAUUCUUAUUAAUCUGUUUCCUCCUCAUGUUUGCUCCUUUACUUAACAUUAGUAAUGAUUUGAGUUGAGAACAUGGCUCACACUUAUCAUUGUCAUAACCUUUGAAUUAGAAAUUUAAACUUAAACUUAAACAGCAACUUAGCACGGCUCUGAAAUAUCACACUUAAUUUAACAAAUGUAUUCUUCUUGUUUUGAUCAUCAGUUCUGGAGACUUUUUAAAAGACCUGUGGCCUCAGAAGAGCUCUCAAACACUUUGUAUGUCUAAAUUCAGCACAGGUUAACUGUUACAAUCUGGUUUCCUAGCUGAAUUUAGAAAGAAGAAAUCUUAAAGAGCUAUUUUGUGAUUGGACCAUUGGUCUAGUUCAGUGUUUCUGAGUUGUUUUUAAAUUUAUUUUUUUGCACUCCAGUACUCAAAAUCCUCAUGUUUUUCACUGAAUUGUUUUAGGUCCUGGCUGAAAUCCAGCUUUUUUUUCCUUCUUUUUUUAAAGCAGAAAAAAGUGAUUAUGGAUCAGAUUUGAACAUAUUGUAAAUGUAUUUUGUUAGAAAUUAUAACAUGGGUUAUCAGCUACAUACAUUUUUAAAAAAAAAAUUAUAAUUAUUAUAAUUAAAGUUAAAAGUAACUUCCCCUGUUUAAAAACACAACACAGUAUUUUCAUGAAUCCUUGCAGAGAGUGAAAUUAUAUAUUUGUAACCAGAAACUUCAAACCUUGAGGGUACUUCUAGCAUUACUGCAAGUAAAAAUGACAGGAAUGUUUUUGUGUUAAAAUGAAUCAAUAAUGUUGAUAGUCUAGGGCAGGGACACGCAACCCGAGGCCCAUUUACCGUGUGACUGCAGCCCAGUGUAUUAAUUCCAUUUAACUUACAAACAUAUUGCGUGCGUGUGUGCGUGCGUGUGUUUACUUGCUUUUUCAAAUUUUUCGCAUAAAAAGCAGCACGCCACUUUAAUUUGUACUUCGGAGGGUAAUCGGAGGGUAGUCUCCAACUAUGUUUAUGAAAGCCUCUCCUUUCUUAAAUGCAUAAACCCACUGCAUUGAAAUAACCCAUGCUUUUUGCUAGGGAAGUGAAGCCACUGCCCUGUGACUUUUGCUACAUUGCUGUCUGCUACAACUGAACAAACUUGUCUGCUAAAAUAAA